AUGAUAUUACUGAUUAUUUUCUUAGUAGCUUUGCUGCUGGCUUUCGUGGCCUAUUUGGGCUACGUUAUACAUAAAAAGGGCAUCAGUCACAAGGAAUUGCGCGUGCACAGUCUGCACGAUGUAAAGAAGUUGCUUCUACUACCUUCAAGCGCUGGCCCGCAGCGCUAUUUGGCCAAGAGGGCUUGACCGGCACUUUAACGCAUGCAAUUUCCGUGCCAUUACCACCACCACCUGAGGAAUAGCGAAUUUUACUUACGUUUAGCCGGCGUGCUUGUCGCACCGAGCGAUGUGUUGCCACCAAAGAAUGACAUGAGUACUACGAUCUAAAACUUGCCAAACUAUUUGCACACUCUUCUG